UUGCCAGCGCUCAUCCACAGUGUGUGUGUGUGUGUGUGUAUUAGUCUCUCGUCUCUCUGUAUCUCUCUCUUUCUUUAUAUAUCUUCUGUAUCGACCUGACACCGAGUACAUCCAUCAACUGCCCUAAUUGUGCGUGUUGAACCAAUGGCUCCCACCACUGCUCCGUCAUCAAGUGAAGCCUUGUCGACCCAGACUCCACCCAGCCACGCGCCCACCCCAGCUGCCUUAUCUUCCAAGUUUAUGCAGAGCGGCAGUCUGGCCCCGGCUCAGGAGCGACUCCGCCUCAAGAUGGAAGGGCUUGUCAACGUCAAUAUGGACGACCAAAGGUUUGCCGUGUUGAGCUACGAUCAAGUGCGACAACUGAACGACGUGUUGCACGAGGUGGUACCUAUCCAUGGUCGUGGCAACUUCCCCACGCUGGAGAUCCGGCUUCGCGACCUGGUGUCCAUGGUAAGGAGCAAGCUGGAGGCUGACUCGAUGACUGUGCGAGACAUACGCAUCAAUGGGGGCGCCGCCUCGCACAUCCUGGCCACAGACAGCGACCAGGCCUACAACGACCUCGACCUCAUCUUCGCCGUGGACCUGAGCACGCCCAGGAACUACGACAGGGUGAAGAACGCAGUGCUGGAGGUGCUGCUCGACUUCUUGCCUGAAGGGGUAAGCAAGAAGCGCAUGUCUUCGUGUUCCAUGAAGGAGGGCUACGUCAACAAGAUGGUCAAAGUCAAUGACACUGAUCGCUGGUCCCUCAUAUCCCUCUCCAACAACGGUGGUAGGAACGUGGAGUUGAAAUUCGUUGACAGCAUGAAGCGUCAGUUCGAGUUUUCUGUAGAUUCCUUCCAGAUCGUUCUCGACUCCCUGCUCCUGUUCUACGAGUGCGCCGAGAUGCCCAUUAGCGAGAGCUUCUACCCAACGGUAGUUGGCGAGAGCGUCUACGGCGACUUCCUGGAGGCGCUAUACCACCUGCAGAAGAAGCUGAUAGCAACAAAGAACCCAGAGGAGAUCCGUGGCGGCGGCCUCCUGAAGUACUGCAACCUGCUGGUGAAGGACUACGAGCCCGCCCGCCCGGAGGAGAUAAAGACCCUGGAGCGGUACAUGUGUUCCCGCUUCUUCAUAGACUUCCCAGACGUCAGCCAGCAGCAAUCGAAGCUGGAGGCGUAUUUGUGGAAUCACUUCGUGGGUCCCGACGAGGCGCUGCGCUAUGAGUACCUGAUGGUGCUACACAGGGUAGUUGACGAAUCCACAGUCUGUCUAAUGGGUCACGAGAGACGCCAGACACUUAAUCUCAUUGAUGAGCUUGCCUGUCAAGUGUUCUAUAACGAGCAGCAACGGCUCUACGUUAAGCAACAGCACUGUAGUGGCAGCAGUAGCAGCAGCAGUUCUAGCAGCAGUAGCAGUUUCGAUGUUCACAUAGCUCCCCCUCCACCCGUCAUCUACAGCAAUGGUUACUAUUACGCCCCUAUUGUGCCCGCGCCUGCGCCGCCCCAGUCCUACACAUGCACGUGUGGGUGGCUGCAGUGUGCCUAAUGCACUCGCGUGCCCGGGCCCGACGGGUGCCAGCCCGACCAGGCCCGUUAGUGCCAAGAGUAAACACUGGUGACGCUGUGGUUGGUGGGGCGAGAGGUCGCUCCACCAGGACACUAGACUGAUCCACAGUGCUUAUCCUCACCACCUACCAGUGAGAUGGGUGCCUGCCAGGCCAGUCACCAGCUGUGGUGGCGGCGGCAGCAGCAGCAGCAGGCACACCACCUGCAGGAGGUCCCUGCCCUGGUGAAGCUGCUGCUGCCGCUCUCGUGGUAACCUCAGCGUCACCGCCCCUAUGUGAUAUGUACAUGAAUAUGUGUGUAGUGCAGUACGAGUCCCCAGGCCAUAGCCACACGUGUCCGUUUACGUUAGCCAAAGGAGUAUUAUUAUUUCAUUAUAUUGGUCGAUUCUGGACAGACGUGUUACCAGAGGACCCACCACGCCCAAACGCAAUUCCUCGCCAGGUGCCCCACACACACGGUGAGCCAACCACAGGUCUGAUUGUUAGAGAUGAAACACUGGUUAUACAGAGACUAAAUUGGUAGAUUGUUGUUUUUGAGAUCUUUCCAUGGCAGUACAGUGUUCCUGCCUUUGAACAACCCGAGAACAUGGUGGUGGGGGGGAAAAGUGGAGGGACAGGCUGAGCAGUUCGGUCGUGUCUGUAAAGUGGUGAUUGUUGUCGGUGCCUCUACUUCCCUCCCCUACACGGGUAGGAGGGUGGGUGGCCCUGGCCCGCCCCUCGAAUAAAAUCCAAAAAGAUGUGAAUGGACGAUGAUUCCCAGUCAUGCUUGCUGCUCCUGCCGCCGCCAGCCUUUGUACGAGGCUGUCAGUCCUUAGCUGGGCCAAGAGCUGGUCGGGAGGGCCCCCAGCACCCCAAGAGAGCCUUGAGGUGGUGUCCUGCAGCGUCGUCUUCAGGAUCACUAGCAACCUCUUCUGACCUGCGCCCCACCCCCCCGUAGCUUCAUCCCUGACGACCCAUCCGCUCGCGGCACUCCCUCCUUAACUGGAGGCCAUGUGCCAUGACGGGGGUCAAAUGGGGUCACAGCCAGGAGGACCAACGCAACUCGUCCCACACGGUGAGGUCGCAGAAGAGAUGACCUCAGGGAGCGUCCACAUCCCCCCACAGCUCUGGCCAGCAAUCAAGCAGAGGUCGGGCCAGGUCAUCCAGGGCCAAGCUGAUCACUUCUAGAAGCAUCUAGGAAUCGUCGUUGCAGUCUUCUAGGAGUGGAUAUGCGGCUACAUCGCGUCCGCAGCUUCUAGAACAAAACAAAGACUUCUCGAGAAACAAACGAGCAUUCAACACAUCUUCCCAUGCCUACCUACCCGCCCGACUUAACUUCAGAAGUCGUCCUGUUGCAAUUAUUAGCACAACGAAACAAAAAAUGUAAAUCUCUAAUGUUCCCCUCUCUCCCCACGUCCUUUUUGUCUUUGCCUUUAAAAAAGCAGUCAUCAACAACGUAUGAAUUUGGAGGGAGGCGGCGUGAAGGAAAGGGAGGGAGAGUUGUGGUGGAGGCAACAAUACGACCCGGAACCAAGGCACGCCACCUGCAUCUACCUACGCCAUCUGUGGGAAGAAAGUGUAACUGUUACUCUCGGGGUGUUUGAAUUUGGAUCACGCAUCUGACAGUUUCAUUUCUUUUGUGCUUAUUUUCUUUUCCAUAUCUGAAACGUAUGUUGGCAGAAACCAUUACAGAUGGGUUGUUGUACGUGCCAAUCGGUUGCAUUAGCAGAGAAUAUUUGUAAACUUUAAUGCAGAUGUUUAAUCUGUGUAGGUAGAGUAACUAAAUUACAUUCUAAUGAGGGUAAUAAGACUGGAUAUGCACAUACGUUGGACAUAGAAAUUAACACGCCAGAGAUUGAGACUCGACAGUUUACCACGCAUGUGGUAAUGUGGUCUCGUGUGAGUGUGGUUUACAGCGGCUUAAUUACGGCUUACAGAGCAGAUUUAAUGUAGAGCGUGGCUUAGGGAGCCACGCGCUAGAAGAGCAGUUGUUUACCAGGCUGUGUAGCCUGGUGUGGUCAGUACCCAGAGCAAGGAUUACCUGUAGUUUAUUUGGCAGAGAAUAUAUACCUUGCGCUUGGUUGAUUGACCAGACCUUUUCUUUGGUUAAAGUUUGUGGGCCCUUGUUACUAGCAGCUUGCUUUGGCUAGGGCUUAUCUACACCCUCCUUUGGCCAGGGUGUAGUUUGACUUUGACCUGUAAUUCGCAUACAAAUUGUAAAUUAUCAUGGCUCUAGGUCUGCUCUGCCUAUAGCCUAUUUAUGAACUGAUGACCUGUGGUUGGAGUGUGCCCGUGUGGUGGUGGUGGCGGCGGCGGCGGCGGCGGCGUGGCGAGGCCACAGCAGUCACAAGCAGCCCUGGGUGGCUCUCAGGAGCUGCCCAUCUAGUACCAUUUGUUUUAUAUCUCCUCUAAUAGGUAGGUUCACUUAAAUAUUACCCAUUAUUUGUCCAGGGGGUGUAAAAGUCCACGGGCGUCUGAAGCCCAUCUUCACGAAGGUACAAAGCUCUAGGCGAGUGAAUGAAUGAAUCCUCUCCUGAUUGUUUCACAUGUGUAGAUACAUCACAUCCAUUGGUAAAGAUUAGUUUAACCCAUAUGCUGUGUGAACUUAUGAGAGAGAAAAGUGUAAACGUUGAGUGAGUUGAGAUCAUCUUCGUAAUUGCAGUUUAUUCCUCUAAAUGUGAUAUAGAAAUGACUUUUACUUGUGGUUGGUGUAUUGGCCGUCUUAAGGACAUCUUAAAGAACUAUAUGUAGCCAAUAUCAUAAUUCUGCAGUAACCAGGAGAAACUUGCAUAUAAACGAGGCUCUUCUAGUUUUUAAAAUGGCGGGGUUUACAUGUCUUGCCCGUCUAGUGAUAUGUAAAUGUUAAACGAUAUUUCUUUUUUUUUUAAGUAGGCCUAAGUAUUUUCUUGCAAGCACAAAUCAGUAGGAAGGAUGUAUCACGGCUCGUGUGUGCAGUGUUCUCCCCCCCCCCAAAACACAUCAUUUUAUUGUAUUUAUAAUAGGCUACACCGUCGAUGAUCACGAUGGGAAAUUUAGAAAUGUGAAUUUGUAAUUAGAAUGACUUGAUUAUCCCUCCGUUACAUAAAUUUCAUAUCUGCAUAUUACUUUCAUUGUGGACAUUUCAUGGGACUUGUGGGAAUUUAUUAUAUUUGAAUUUUCUUGUUAAAAUCAGUCGUCCCCUGACACCUUCACUGUGCUCUGGUUACUCUUAAGGUGUGAGUGUGUAUAUGUAUAUCUAUCCCUUGCUAUCACUAGGCAAGAGGGCAAGCAGGGGGAGGGGGGCAAUCCCCUAUAAAAAGCUGUGAUUUAAGGUGUAGCACCAUUACUGUGAUACCUACAGGUGUGACCCACUCUCUGUAAUUAAUGACUUCGGUGAAACCUUUUCCUGUUUUACAAAUCUCCCAGUUGAUUGAGUGAUGGAUUUUCUUGCAGCUAUGCAAUGAAGGUUCGAUUAUUUCCCCCCCUCCCCCUCUCUCUCUUCUCCACUCGCCCUCCAUGUGUGUGCACACCUGAGCCGGUGAUCACCUUUCCCUGCAGACUUGCCUACCACGCAAUCUCACUCAUUUGAAGGAGUUAUCCCCCGAGAUGGGCAGCCGGGAUAGAUGCUCAUCAAUGACCUGUAUAAACUCGGCAACAGACAUGAACUGAUGUUAAAACAUGUCUGUUACAGCUCAAUCAUCAGCAACGGACCUGGCCCCUUGGUGUUCUUUUUUUUUAAUAUCUCGCCCAACACCAGCGUUGUUUGUGUUCAGUGUAUGGUUUUAGCCUUUUUAUCUUGUCUUCUUUCCCCAGAUGUAAUGUAGUAAUGGGUGUUUUCUUGCACUAGUAUGGAGUGUAGGUGGUGUACAUAAGGCUAGUGUCGGUAUUAGGUUAGAUACCCUUGGGUGUUCUUAUCAGUUUAGUGUGACGUCUUAACGUGGCAAGCUCCUCCUGUGGGAUCUCUCCUUCAGGUCAAUGAGACUGGAAAGAUGGGCUCUUUAUUUUUGUAAUGGUUACUUUCAUCCUUGCAUCUCGCCCCAAUAUUCCUCUAUACUUUCCCACCCCCUCCUAUUUAUCCCUUUUUCCCAUCUUUUCUCUAUACCAUUGCUACCUUCCCCCCUUCCCUCCCAACAUCUCUUACACUUCAUUCAGCAACAUUAAAUCCCGAGUGAUUUGGCAUUUUCCUCGUCCUGUGAUUAAGAAGUUUCCACUGACGAGCUGGGUGCUCUUAGGACCCCCUCGGAAGGGGCACCUGAAUAACUUCUUGAUUAGGCAACUACUCGAGUCGUUAUGAAUAAUUACUUGAGUGUUUAAGUAAAUCCUUAAGUGUUUGUGUAAAUAUUUAAGUGUUGAAAAUUGUGUGUUCAAGUAAUUAAUAAGGUGCUUUGGUCAACACCUCUGUGGUUAAGCAAGCACUUCAGUAGUUCAGUAGCUGCUAGAGUUGUUUGCUGGAUUACUUGAGUGAUGUACACAAGGUGUUUAAGGAAAAUUUAGUACUUACAAUUUGCUGACCUGUACAUGUACUGUGGAUGCAUAAUUGUACUAUAAACCUGUUUGUGCACUCUGAACACUAGUACUUCACUAAGUUGUACAAGCACUUUGUAUUUCAGCUGCUCAAAUGCUUACAUAAACUUAAUAUUGUUGAACUUGGGCUGAUGUUUAUCGCUUCCUGUCAGGAUAGAUACAUUUCUAAGGUAAUAUUUUUCCCCUGUUAAUUUUAUCCAAUGCCUAGGAAAGGCCAUAGCUUGACUAAUCAUUCGGAAGGGACAUGUAGCUGAUCAGCUAGUGUAAAUGGGCAAGCAUUUAGGAAAUUGUAAGAGACUUGUAAAGAGGGACAAAGUGGAAUCUCAUUUUAAUGAGUUCGGAGGAAUGGUCGAAGGAGUAUGACCAAAAGCUGAUCAAUUGGAGAAAACGCAAGACCCCCCAACCCCCCCAAAAAAAGUAAGGAGAAAGGUGCAACUUGGUCAGGAUAAGGAAGUCUGUCAAACGACUAGCAUUUGACAUUGGGGACACAACUUGUAGAGACAUGUUCUGUUGAUAGCUUAGUACACGUUUCUGGAAAGAAUCGAAACGUGAUUCUAUCAUAUUGGUAGGUGAAUUUCUAAUCAUUUUUGGAUGUGUCUCUCCACUUCAGUUUUAGAACCUAUCGUCAAAUGCUAAUAGAGCUUAAGAGGGCAGCCCCCCCCCCCCAACCCCCUUCAUCAAAUAUUAACUUACUUACUUCAUAUUGAAUUUGAGCCUCGUGUAUAAAACCGCUGCCAAACUCGGUUAGGACAGAUACAGAUUUGUCUUAGGUCAACUGCUAUGGAGAGUAGUAUCCAUUUCAAUGAUUACUCCUCUCUUAACCUUUGUUGCAGAUCUCAGUGAAUGGUAGAAAGGUAUACUUGGCUGAUAACGGGAUAUAGUUUAUAAAUAGAAAGAAAUCAUCGCUCAUUUUUCAUUUUUAUUUAAUGCCGAAAUAAUGUACAUAUGAAUAUUCUACAGUUUCAGAGAUACUGUUUACAUGUUUUCAUUUUACUGUGGAUUGUUGGGUUGCAAGAGACCAAGGUUUUAAAACAGCGUUCAGCUAGGUCAUAUAAGGCACUCUUUAUAGUUUUUUGCCUUUUUGUUCCUCAUUGUUCUGUGCACAGAAAUGAGAUGUUGGAUAGGUACUAGUUUGUGUUGCACGUGUGUGUACAGUACAGUAGAUUUUCCUUAUUAUUUUCUUUGUCCUUCUGUUUUAAAGUGUAUACAAAUAAAACCAUGAGGUUAACGUUGCCACAACCAGCAGCAAAUUUUUAUUGUAGCGGUAACAUUCCUCCUCCUCAAGAGUACGUCUAGAUUUAUUGGGUAAGAUAAGAUAAAACUUGCCUCCUUUAAUUGUUAAACAGGAAGCGUCUUGAUGUUUUUUUUAAUUAGGACAUGAUUCGGAAGCUUGUAAUGCCAGGCUGAUAUUCUAGUACUGGCGUGAAUGCUGCUUAACGGUUUUAAGUUUGCAUUCUUGAGAUAGGUUUUGGUUUUGUCAUGUGUACUGUAAAUUUGGAAUUACAACCAUAAUGGCUGUUAAGUUCUAAGAGAUUGAUAAAUUGUAAAUGCAGUUGUAAAUAUUUAAGUUUAAUGUUCAUUUUCCCAUCUAAAAAGUCAGUUUGGGCAUCUUGUCAACUGCACUCCACUUUCCUUGUAGUACACAAACACACACUUUGCCCUCUCAACAAAACCAAACAUAAAACUAAGAGGAUAAACAAGAAGGAAAGUGGAUCAGAACAUUAUUCCAGUGAGACUGAUUUGGGUAGUGGGUUGAAAAUAAUACUGCGCAAGUUUGUUAAGCAUGAAUGAUUAUUGAGAAACUGACGUUAAAAGAAAACAAAAAUGCACAUCCAUAAUACUGCUUCGAAAUAAAGACGUACAAGUUAGGAGCCGAGGAACCUUGUACGUUUCAUAGUCCUAGCGUCGUCCUUCCAAGCCACCGCCUCCUUUUUUAUAUACAUGUAUAUAUGUGAAUGUAGCUUUUUCCUAGAUGUAAGAAAUGCUGUUACUUUGGCAUUUUCUAGGGAAUAGCUGAUAGGAUAGGGUGUCUCUAUUUAUUAAUUUGUUCUGGUUUGCUCACAGUUCAUUAGCUUUUUUUUUCCAAUCUUUGCAUACAAAAUGCCUGUUUGAGUGCAGAUGUGAUGCAUAAUAACCUUUUUAUUAAAAAUGGGGACCAAAAGAUAGGCUGCAAAGCAUUUUUUUUAAUUGUAAUAUUUGUUUUUACUUUUGUUUUCUUUGUCCAUUUGGCAAAAAAUUUUGUUGCUGUUGUUGGUCUUAUAUUUGGAGGGCAGAGAUUUAUAAAUAGUAGAGAGAGACCUGACCUUCACAAGAGUUCAGGCCGGUGGAGGAUGUAAGCUAAUGUAGUGUGUCCGACUUAUUGUCUUUAUAUAAGAUAAGGUUUAUAUAAGCAAGUGUACUAAAGUCGUCAAUUAAUACACGACUACUAUAAGUAGAAAUGUAUACCAUCUGUGUAGAAUAGCACGAGGCUUGUCCAAAUGUAUUUCACGUUAAUUGAUACCGGUAUAAGGAUGUAUAGUAUAGGAGACCUGUUUUCCAGAUCUGCAUGCCAAUCUGAGUAUUCUGUAAGCCUCUGGCACAAUAUUGUGUAGCAGAAAAAUUGUACCAUAUUAAAGUACGUCCACCAUGUUGCCAUGGAUAAUACUAAACUGUAACGAUCAGUGUUCAGACCUCCCUCAUGCCAACAGAAGUCAGUUACCUUGGUAUGCCACCAAGUGCAUCAUGGCUAGUUCUCACGGCUGAAGUGCUGUCAAUUUUUCCAUUUUGCACUGUAGGUAUGAUCCAGGCAGGUCUCUCUCUCUCUCUCCCCAGUCUACACACGCUGUAUUGCCUGGUGUCUACUGUGGGUUGAUGUCUGUCCUCAUUUCAUGGGCCGCCCUAAAGUUUUCUUUCCCUGGAUAUGGUGACCUAUUUGCCAUACACCAACAGUACUAUACAUGGUUCAGGGCCAUGUGUGCCAUGUAUGGUCUAGAUUCCACAAAACACCAUAUAUGGUUUAGACCAUGUACAGCUGUUUGGUUUGGGCCACACAUUAAUUAUGGCCGGGGCCAUAAUCUAUCGUGUAUGGCUGCGGCUUGUGCACAUGCAAAUAUUGUAGACACAAAUCUUGCUCACACUCUCUCUCUCUCUCUCACAACCACACCACACACUCCAUCACUCACUCACAACCACACCACACACUCCCUCACUCACUCACUCAUCCACACCACACACUCCCUCACUCACUCAACCACACUCACACCCUCACUCACUCACUCAACCACACCACACACUCACACACUCUCUCACCCACCAUGUGUGGCCAGGGCAAACAUCCCUGUACAUGGUCAACUCAGGAUGUCAGAUUUAUAUAUGAUAACUAUCUUAUAUUCUGGAUAUAAAUGCCGUGUAAAAAAAAAAAGUUAGUAUAUGUUUAAAAAAAAUGCUAAAAGUUAUAAAUAAUAAAAAAUUAGAAAAUCUACAAUUCAUAUAUAAAUAUAUAUAUAUAUUUUUGCUUUACAGUUGCGGGCAUAUAGGGGUUAGAAGUCCUGUAUGUUUGACGGGAAUGCAAACCAUCAACAAACAAAAUAGGGCUGUCAGGAGGGUAUUAUAGUGGAGAUUUAUCAAAAUCACAUUUCUUUUUAAACAUUUUUGAGAAGUUGUUGAUUUCUGCUCAGAUGAUGUCACCACGGGGUUGUCAUACUGUGAUUUUGAAUUUGUCCCCGUUUUUGAGGGAUUUAAUUUUAGUGUGUAGCAAGUGGAUUGUGCCAGGAAAAUCAAUUUGAAGAAAAUUUGUAAACAAUCCACUUUUAUAUAUAAUAUAGUGUAUAUAAUAUAUAAUAGUGUAUAUUAUAUAAAUAUAGUACUUUUAUAUAUUAUAUAUAAUAAAUAUUGUAUAUACAAUUAUUAAUUACAUGACAACUGGCAGUCCUUACUGUAACUUAAUACAAAAAUACAAAGAUCUAAUAAAAAUGACAAAAUU